AUGGCUUCAUCCUCAUCUUCAAUGACACCAUUUGUCUACAAUGAUGAGAAUUAUCAUAUUUGGGUAGUCAAAAUGAAAGCAUUCUUGAGAGGAGUAAGGUUAUGGCAAUAUGUUGAUGAGGAGAAAACACCACCUCUAUUGGGGCCUAAUCCUACUUUGAAUCAAAUAAGGAUGCAUGAAGAAGAAGCGACCAAAGGUCCAAGAGCUUUGUCCAUUAUCCACCAAGCAAUGCAUGAGAUAGACUCCCAGGGCAAUGAGAGGUCAAGGCAAAUGCUUGCUCUCAAUCUAAGAAGAGAGUUUGAAGUCUUGAAAAUGAAGGAAGUAGAAAUGAUCCAAGAGUAUACUAACAGGACUAUGAAAGUUGUAAAUCAGAUUAGGUUGAUAGGAGAAAAGCUAUCUGAUCAGAGAAUUGUUGAAAAAAUAUUGGUAUCCAUUCCUGAAAGGUAUGAAGCCAAAAUAUCUUCACUUGAAGAUUCAAAGAAUUUUUCAGAUUUGACUUUGUCUGAGGUAGUAAAUGCUUUAAAAGCUCAAGACCAAAGAAGAGCUUUAAGGCAAGAAGAAACUACUGAGGGAGCCUUCAGUGCUAAGCUUACUGGAAAACAAGUAAGCUGCAGCUCCAGUAAGAAACAACUUGGAGAAAAGAAGGAAAAGUGGAAGCAAAGGAGUGAUGGAAACAAGAGUGGUGAGAAAAAAGGAAAAUAUCCUUUUUGUUCUCACUACAAGAAAAAAAAGCACUUACCAAAUUACUGUUGGUAUAGACCUAAUGUUAAGUGCAAGUCUUGUAUUCAACUUGGACAAAUUGAUCGAAUGUGCAAGAACAAGGGAGGAAACCAAGUACAACAGAAUCAGCAAGCUCAAGCUGUUAUGAAACCAGAAGAGCUAGGUGAAAAUCUAUUUGUUGCAACAUGUUAUGCAACUGAUGUAAGCAUAAUAUCUAGCUAA